GCGCAUUAUUACCCAGCGUAAUCUACCUAGUCCGUUGUCUCGACCUUUUGCUGCAUGCAACCCUCUACGAAAACUGACCUACGUCAUGCAUACGUUACCACCAAUGCAUGUGGUUAAUGCUUCUAAUUUAUCUGAAGCUUGUGGAACACGUGUACGGGCACUCAGGGUCGGAUGUGUUUCUAUCGUCCGAGUGUUAGUUAGCAUCUGCAAAUGCGCACGUUUCGUCUUCUUGUCCGUUGGCCUCCAAGAUUAACAACUGUUAUCUCAUCUCUUCUCAUCCAGUAUCUUACAGUGCUCAAGCCGAGUCGCGUCCCUGUUAUCUGGCCAUACGAAUAAGUACGAGCUAAAGUCGUCAUAACGAUAUCUUGCGAUGACCGAGUGACGGCCAUACUUUUCUGAGAAAGUGUACCAAGUGCCAAAGAAUGAGCAACUUCGUAGCACUGGUGUAAACAAAUAAGAAUUCAUAGUGUAAAUGUGAAUAUUGCUUCGAUACUGAGAUGCCUGUGCGGUGAUUGAGAAGGAAUUUAUGCAAUAUAUCACUUAUUCUUGUUUGGAAUUCGUAUGGACCACAAUUUUUUUUCCUAAGAUUUACAUGCAAAUGCCUAAGUUGCAUGAGUUUCGAACUGGUGGACGUUUAUAGAAUAUUGCAGUAGUUGGUGUUUUAAGGAAUGAUAACCUAUAUAAAUAAAGUAUAAGGAUUCGAAGCAUGUAUAAAAGAUGGAUGGAAGCAUGGAGCAAAACGUAGCUGGAAUGGGUCCGUCAAAUCAAGCCGGACCCGCCAGAAGAGAUAUUGAGCCAUGGUUUGAUACCAGACGCAUGGAUAUAACCCAACAUCAACAAAUGCAGCCUUCGUACUACAAAUUCCAAAAUGAAAUGGUUCCGGCAGGAACCUUUCCUGAGAUGCCAACGGCAGCUCAAUGGUGGCGGGAUACCUCUGCAAUGGGUAUCAAUCAGCAGCCACCACGACAAACUGAAGGACCUGGGAUUGGUGGUUAUCAGCUACUAGGUCAUCCGAUAGAUCAACAGCCAAUAACUGAAUUACAACCUCCAGAGCCCACACCGAAGAAGGCUCCAAAGUCAAAGGGACUGAGAAAAAUAAAGCCUAUCAAAGAGUCAAAGGAGGCAGUUAAACGUACAAAACAUCCUGAAAGAUGGAAAGUCAAUAUAAAGAAAAAUGCCAGACUACGUGGAGAAGAAUAUAUCGGUGUUGGAGGUAAAAUAGUUCCAGCAAAGGUAAUGGGACCUCCAUGUGAUUGUCGUAUGCGGUGCAGUGAUAAAAUAGACGAGGAUGCCCGUGAACAAUUACACAGUGUCUUUUGGAAGACCUGUACAUGGGAGCAGAGGAAACAAUAUAUAGCUCUCUCAGUCAAGGAAUCUCCCAAGCAACGCACAAGGUGUCGUGGCAAUGUCAAAUCUGAGCAUCGUAGACAAGUCACCUUUACAUAUUCCCUAUUGAUCAAAGGCGAAUUUAUAACAGUGUGCAAACCAAUGUUUCUCAGCACUUUUUCUGUAUCAGAAAAAUUCGUGCGCCAUGCAAUGGACAAGAAGAGAUCAUCUCCUGGUGGCAUAAUAGGACCUGAUCAAAGAGGAAGGCACACACCGAAAACAAAGAAAAGUGAAGUAGUGAAGGAUCGCGUCCGUGAGCAUAUAAAAUCUUUUCCCGCUGAAAAAACUAAUCCAAAGGAUCGUAGCGGUAGGAAAUACCUAGACUCGAGUCUAAGUAUCGCAGCAAUGCACAAACUUUAUGUGCAAAAAUGUAAAGAGGACGGUGUACCAGAGAGUGAUAUCGUCAAGGAAAGUUAUUAUAGAGAGAUGUUUAAAACAGAAUUCAACCUAGGCUUUAAGGCAGCCGACGAUAAAGAAAAGAAACAGCUACAAGGAUUUGGUGACAAUAGAAAUAAAUUAUGAAGUCCAGAUCAGUCGAGUACAAAGUACCACGAUAUAAAUAAUAGUACGGUUCGCCAAUGUUUAAGCACCGUACACGAUACUUUCGCAUUUCCAAAUCAAAUAUUACCAAAAUAACUGGUAAUCGAUAUUCGGAAUCGAUGUAUCUCCCUUUCACUCACUAUUUCUCAUUCUCAUUACAUUCGUAUCACAUCCAAUCUUUAUCAAUCACACUACGAAAUGAUUUAUUUCCAUGUCACAGACUGAUACGACAAAUUUGUCGCGCCAUAAAAAACUGCGAUUUGACGCGAAAGAAUUUCAAUAACGUCGCAGCUACUCGCCUCCUUUUCAUAAUCAAGGGAUAUGUAAAUAUAUUGAAAAUAUGACUUGCCGAUAAGAUGUCGUUUACAUGGCUCAUUCUUCAGCAUCUGAUGACAUAAAUGCGCGUUAUCGUUAUCGGUCGAAUAUCGUGAAUUAACAAGUUUCUAUGUAAUGUUCAUUCUUUUACAACGUUUCUACUUAAAAAAUGUACAUAUAUAAGUACCUUUUACAUUGAUCUUAAUUAUAUUUUAAUCAGAUAUCAUCGCAGCUACGUAUACCCAGUAUACGUUAUUAAGUUCAUCCGAAAUCAUACGCUGAACACCACGUAUACUAACAUGCGUAAGAAGACUGCAACGGCAAUAGAAGCAAUAUGCUCGUUCGUUAUCUGCAAAACAUGACUUUUGUAGCAUGAUCAUUUUAAUCAUGCAGCACUCUUCUCCAUACGCGUUAGACGAAAAAACGCCAUACGGUGAUAAGAGCGCCGUUCCAUUAUUCUUUUCUACUUAAUCUUUAUAAAAUAUAUAAUUAUUUGCAUAGCGACAUAAAAAAAUCGAACUACUCAGUUGACUACUUGUACAAAUAAGAAUUUAGUACGAGAAAUCCUUAAUUCCUCGAUAUCAGUUUUCGACACUGUGUAACGUUGAGUUUAAGAUUUUUCUCGAGACACCUGAAUGGGUUUUGGCAUUUCAUUGCCCGUUACACAGUUAUAUUAUAUUUUAUUUUGUAUUUUAAAAUAUACGGGGAUAAAUAAAUUCUAUUAAAGAAAUA